AUGGCGAAGUUAUCACAUCAGAAACCUAAGAACAGUUCAAACAACGGUGAUACCAGUGUAAACAAUCAUGGGAUAAAACCGAAACGUACUAGGAAAACUAUCCCGAGAGACUCUCCGCCUCAACGCAGUUCAAUUUAUCGAGGCGUCACAAGGCAUCGAUGGACAGGGAGAUAUGAAGCACACUUGUGGGAUAAGAAUUGCUGGAAUGAAACACAAAACAAGAAAGGGAGACAAGGUGCCUAUGACGAUGAAGAAGCAGCUGCACAUGCUUAUGACUUGGCUGCACUUAAAUAUUGGGGUUCAGAUACAAUUCUUAAUUUUCCGCUGCAAAUGUAUGAGAAAGAGCUGACAGAAAUGGAGGGUCAGUCCAGAGAAGAAUAUAUUGGAUCAUUAAGAAGGAAAAGCAGUGGCUUUUCAAGGGGAGUGUCCAAAUAUAGAGGAGUUGCAAGGCAUCAUCACAAUGGAAGAUGGGAAGCUCGAAUUGGCAGGGUCUUCGGCAAUAAAUACCUUUAUCUUGGGACAUACGCUACCCAAGAAGAGGCCGCGGUUGCAUACGACAUGGCAGCUAUAGAAUACCGAGGUCUUAACGCCGUUACAAAUUUCGAUCUUAGUCGUUACAUCAAAUGGUUAAGACCUAACAACACAACCAACAAGCCUAACGAUAACACUAACCCUAACUCUAACCUUGAUGCCGCCACUACUAAUUCGACACCAAGAUCAAACCACAACUCCAGCAGCUCAGUAACAGUCCACCACUUCCAACCACCAUCAGACAUCGCUCAUGCCACCUCAUCUCAAUCCCGACCCACCACCACCACCUCUGCACUCGGGCUUCUGUUACAGUCAUCCAAAUUUAAGGAAAUGAUGGAGAUGACCUUGGCAGCCGGGUCUCCCCCACCACCACCACCAGAGAAGGAGCAGGAGUUGUCACAGAGCAGCAUCCCUGAAGAUAUAAACACAUAUUUUGAUUCUAGGGAUUUCUCUGCAUACAAUGAUCAAGGGGAUGAUAUAUUUGGACAGCUCAACUCAUUCAUGCAGCCUAUGGGUCAGUUUGACUCAAUGCUUAAUGGGGAAGAUUUAAUGAUAUGA